CUUAAUUAGUGUCUUGUGUUGAGACCAAUAAGGAUGAGUGGUAUCCAGUAUCUGGUCUGUCUGUGGAUUCUGCUCAUCACCCAGAGCAGAUUUGUACGCAGUGACAUUCAGUUCAUCGAGAAGCAUGAGGGGGAUUCUGUGGUCUUUCCCUGUGCGAUUGAACAGAGAAACCCAGCACCAUUUGGAGUCUACCUGAAACGCAGCUGGUUGGUUCCUAAUGAAAUACUGUUCAUGCACACCGGAGAAGACUUCAAAAUGAAAUAUGAUCAUGACAAAAGCCGCACCAUUGUGAGCGGAGACCCAAUAAACCACACACUGAAUGUGACCAUCUCUGAGCUGACAACCAAAGACACAGACCGCUACUACUGUGAGUUUAUUGUGGAAAACCCUUCUUCUGAGGAUGAACACAUACCUGGAAAGACUGAAUUCUUCCUCCUUGUUACUGCUGAUACCCCUGCAUCGGUGGACAGUGGGAGGAUAGAGACAUGCUCUGGGGGGUCUGUGGUGCUCCCCUGCCUGCCUGCAGAGGAGGGCUUGGCAGUGGAGGGGGUGAGUCUGAAACGGCAGAAGGGCCAGGAACCUGUGGAGGUGCUGUACGACUCAAGAAGACACCAUGGCAAUGAGCCCCCAUCCUACUCCCAGUUCCCCGCUGAGAGAUUCCGGCUGACCUCGGCGCUCGGCCCUGGUGGCAUCACCUACAACCUCACCCUGCAGCAGCUGCAGCCAGAGGACAGCGCACUGUACAGCUGCCAGCUGCUCCAGCGAGACAGGCCUGACAGCCACGCCAGUCUAGGGAGGCGAGCGCUCUUUGUUUCUGUGAAAGGGGAUGACUGCAGCUGCUCAAGCUCCUCCACAUUGCUGUAUGCUCUGUCCUCAGCCGUGGUGGUCCUCCUCCUCACCAUUGUGUUUGUAGGGAUUUGUCUGUGCAAAUUACGUCCAAGUGUCAAGCCAAACCGUCAAGCUCCCAUCUACGAGGACAUGGCUGGUUUUAAGGAUCUGAAAAGCAGUACAAAACUGGCACCUAACCAUCUGGAGGAUACAGUGUCUGUAUACAAUAACACAUCUGUGAAGAAAUCCUGUCCUGAGAACCACUAUGAAAGCCCCACAGGGGCCCUCUGUCCCAGAAACGAAACUCAGACAUAAAAUAUCACUAGCAUUAUGAACAUGAACAACUUAUCACCUCAGCUGCCUGAAACUCACUGGACUCUGACUACAAUUUGUUCUCUGACAACAGCUACGAUUUUUCUCUUCACAGGGUUUUUUGUAAUUUUAUGAUCUUGUAUUGUUGCUAGCUGAAAGAGUGCUUGUAGUUUUGCAUCUGUAAAUGUUUUGGGUUGAUCGAUAUGGAAACAAAUCACAUAUUCUGUGUUCUUCCAUCACAGUAUAUGUAAUUUAUAUCACAGUGUGUUAUAUAUUGCAAUGUUGUGCAGCAUUUUCUGGAGGCUUAUUCAAAUGUUUUUGUUGUUUUUCUUUUACUGAGUUUUAAAACAGUACAUGUUGUUGUAUGACCAAUCAAAUUAAAUGUUGAGUUUUCUUGUAAAUAAUGUUGUUUACAUUCACUGUUUCUCACAAAUGUUUCAGUCCUCAAGGGUGUAAGACAUUGAAUGAAUUUCCUUCCUCAUUAAAUAUUUGCAGCACU